AUGCCAUGGAGCUGCCCGUCCGUUCCGUUUUCUCCAUCGCCCGAUGGCAAUACCACGGCAGUUGAGAAGAUGCCGGGCACUCCUUGUCUCAUCUUGAUACUCGUACCAUUACUAUCUCCAAAUAAAGGAAAAUCGUACGGUUUCGUUCUCUCAAAGAGCACACAAUCGAACCCGUGGCACGUUACUUGCAUUCUCCCAUCCCAACUUUCAUUACAGCGACCAGAUUUCCACAAUUUCGACACUGCACAGCAUAUCCUCUGUGAGUGGGUAACUGUCUCUAUCUUCUCAUUAUCACGUCACUCACCCUCGCCGGAACCCGACUCCCCACCAUCCCGGUAUCUGAUCACACAAUAUACCCUCCCCGCAUUUCCCAUCUGCGGUGAGCACAUCGGCUGUCGCAAAUAUUCUACGACGGGCCAGCAAGGCUGGGCGGCUGAUCACAGACACUAUUACGGUCCCUGCGAGGCGGAGAGGGCUGCUCAUUGGGACGGUGAGACGUUACGCCCAAACAAGGACGGCCACAGAUGUCUUAUUCUCGUUCGACCCCCUUUCGAUACAGGCAUGGUGGAGAGCCGAUAUCAGAGAUCUGGUAUCUUCGAGCUAAAUCCUUCCGCAAGCCUUUUGUAUCAGCCACAAAGCUUUCCUGAGCUCUUCUCAGAAUUUAAAAAUCCCAUACCUUCAAUCUGUACUCUCAAGCAAGACCUUUGCUCUUUCACCACCUUCAAUCACAUCACAAUGCGUCCAGUUGCUCAACUCUCUCUCGUCGCAUCUGGCAUCGGCGCUCUGCAAGUCACGAGAUCCCUCGCCUCUCGAUCAUUUUCCCGAAACCAUACCUCGCUCAAGGGUCAGGCGGCCGCCGUCCACACCCCACCAACACCACCACCACGUCCAGUCUCACGGCGAGGAACUGUCCUACCAUCUGGCGGUGAGGUGUUAGAAAUUCUUGGAAUGAAUCAAUUCAUUGAUUGCGAGCAUUUGAUGGUCAGGCAUUUUUUCCUAUGUCCAUCAGUUGCCACUUGUUCAACUUCAGGUGGGCACCCAGCUAACAUAUCACCAUUAACAGUACACACCCAUCCCUCGACUCUACGCUGUCUCGACCUCAUCACACACGCAACUCCUUUCCGAAUCCUUCUCACGACUUCGGAAUGCUUCAUAAACACCAGUUUCUUUCCAUGCUGCCAUCCAUCUCUGAAUAAGCCUGGCUGGACCAACUCCUCCUCAUGUACAAUCAGGACCGCAACAGACUUACUUGCAUUCCAACUCCACAACUCAUCGGGCUGGACCUGCAUCUGCCAUAUGUUCUUGACAUCGAACACUCACAACCACCGUAACAUCACACCACCCCAUAGACCGAGUCAAGAUUAUCAGAUGCCAGGUCCGACGUAUCCCGGCAUACUUUCCAUCAUUACCGCCUGCUUCCCAAACAGAAUAGGAUCGAGAGCAGGACUCUUACGACGCCAUGACUAUCGCACUUCUGUACACUUCAUAUUCCUUUUGUCAAUCUGUAUCGGUGGGUGGCGCUUCGGCAUUUGGAGGAAGACGGCAUCUUGCCUUUCCUUUUCCCUAGAUGAAUUCUUAGGAGUUGAGGGUGGGCGUGACUUGUCCUAUUUACGCGAUGCCGAAAUGCAUGUUCGUGAACAUGAAUGGCUGCUCUCGCUCGUACGCUACCACAUAUUCGCAUAUCGGUCUCGCUCCAUAACCAGCACCCAAAUCUCUCAAGCCAUAUCAGCUGAGCGAGCCCUGGAUCGAAGAAGCCAUUUCUGCGCCACUCCCCUCCUCUCUCCGCUUUCUAUCCAGAUCCAGAUCCAGUUCCUGGUUUCUGAGAGAAUUUGGAGUGGAGCGAACUGCCGGCAGGAGAACUGCUGCAAGCUGCAAGCCUUGAUCCAGCUCUUUGGGCUUGCAAUGCUAAUACUCUUCUUCCUGUCCCUACCCUGCAUCUGCAUUGCUGUCCAAGUCCUUGUGACUGCCCGCAGAACCCAACGCAAACAAGCUGCGAGCAACCAGAGUAACCAGAACGAUGGGUUUCAGUCGGCUGGGGCGUAUAUGUGCUACUUACCUGCUUUUAUACGUAUAUACAAACCGGCAGGGGAGGGAAGUGGAUACUAUUGGUAUAUUGUCUUACCGAGGUUGAAGCUCUUAAUGAGGCGUGUGAUUCCAAAGGGAUGGUAUGCUCAGCCUUUAGGUCAUGUCUGUCACGAUAUGAGAAAACCGUCAAGGGAACACACAGACACGCCCUUGCUUGUUUGCUCGAACGAUGGCAUAAUUUCUCCACCAUUCCAUUCUAGGCCUUUCGACUUCCCGAUCCGCAAAUGCCGGAACAAGAGCCCGAGCUGGCCAUAUACCUACCACAGGCAUACCUUAAGCGCUAAUUUCACACGCCCGGCCAUCCAGACCUCUGCACGCCUCUGCACUCCAAACCCCCAAGUCCCUCAGAGAUACAUAAAUCAAGGUCGGGACGGGCCGACACUCCACGUUCAGCUGUUUUCCGCUACCGGCAGGGCAAAGUUUGGAAGGGGGACCGUUGUGUCAUUGAUUCUGGGUCGGGGUUUGCAGUUGCAAUUUGGAAGUGGGUUCAGGGACAACGGCGUUCAAGUAGUUAUCUAG